AUGGCCCUUGUGCCAGGGAGCAGCGAGGAUGGGCCUUGGCCUAGAGAUAGCCCAGGCUCCUCCCAGCACCCAGAAAGUCCUAGACUGACCAACCCUCUCUGGGAGGACAGAGGAGAAAUUGGCCAGGUUGAAGGUCGCCAGGAUGUUCAGGUUAGUACUUCCCCACCUUGUGUCUUGCUGUUGGCUUAUAUUCCAAUUUGGCCCAAGCCCCCUGCUGUGCCCAUCCAGGUUGUCUGUCAAAAGACCCGCCUCCCCUCCAUCGUGGUGGAAGCCUCUGAGGCUGAGGCGAGUGAAGAGAGUGGGGAGCUCCGGUGGCCACACGAGGAGCUGCAGCUGCUCACUGAUGAUGAGGAAGAGGAGGUUGAGGUCUUCUUCCAGGACCAAAGUGAAGAACCAGGCUGGACUUGGAGCUCACUGGACCCCAAAUCUCCCUUAAGAACCUUUAACCCAGAACUCAGCUGGGGGCAGGAACAGGUAGAUCAAGACGCCUCCUGGAUUCCGGAGACAGAUUGUCAGGAAGCCCCCAAUCCCUGUCCUCUCUGGGACUCAGCAUCACGUUCCCGUGUCUGCAGAAGCUGCUUUGUGGAAUAUUCCCAUUUCCUGCCUCCCAGGAGCUUUGAGGGAGCUGAAGAAGAAGCUGUUCAGGCGACGGCGGGUGUUGAACCGGGAGCGGCGACUGAAGCACCAGGUGGUCGGGGCUGUGAUAGACGAAGGGCUGAUCACGAGGCACCACCUCAAGAAGCGGGCGUCCAGUGCACGUGCCAACAUUACUCUGUCUGGGAAGAAGCGCAGAAAACUCCUCCAGCAGAUCCGGCUUGCCCAGAAAGAGAAAGCAGCCAUGGAAGUGGAAGCCCCCCUCAAGUCAGCCAGGACUAGUGAACCACAGCCCAAAUCAAAAAAGAAGACAAAAGCCCCCCAGGAUGUAGACAUGGAGGACCUUGAAGAUAAGAGCUAAAUCUC